AUGACCCAGAUCAAAGUCGGCGAUACCCUCCCCUCCGUCACCCUCAAGUACUGCCCCUACGACCCCUCGUUGGAGCACGCCUGCGGAAUCCCCCAGAACUUGGACAUCAGCUCCCUGAAGGGCAAGAAGGUCGUCAUCUUCGGUGUCCCCGGAGCCUUCACCCCCACUUGCAACAACCAGCACUUGCCCGAAUUCCAUCAGAAGUACGACGAGUUCGUCAAGAAGGGUGUUGACCAGAUUAUUUGCCUCUCUACCACCGAUGCCUUCGUCAUGGAUGCCUGGGGCAAGUGGACCAAGACCAACGACAAGAUCAUCUUGGCUGCCGACGGCAACGGCGAGUUCGUCAACGCCACUGGUCUCGUCCAGGACCUCUCCAAGAUCGGAUUCGGUACCAUUCGCUCCCUGCGUUUCGCCCUCAUUGCCGAUGACUUGAAGGUCACCUACGUCGGUGUCGAGACUGGCCCUGGCGUCUCUGUCUCUGGCGCUGAUGCCGUCCUCGCUGCCUUGUAA